AUGUCUCUGUCCGUCUAUGAUUAUGGGUUAUUCAUGGGUACUAUUUUGGGUGUUGAUUGGAGACGACUGAGAGUGGGUGCCAACAUAUUCAACAGUGAAAUAACCUCAGCCGUCGAGAGAGGUUUGGAGGCGGGGGCUGACGCGUGGACUGGCAUGCAGGGUGUACCGUAUCGAGGGUCCUGGGGGCUGCAGGUUGUUCAGUUUUGCCAUCUCCUAGGUGGGGGUGUACGUAUGAGCGAUUCAGAUCUGGUUGCCGUUCACGUUGCCAUCCGACUGUUGAUCCUAUAUUGUGGGCCAUUCCCCUCUGUGAUCACCAACGGGGAGGUACUUCCGCCAUCAGUGUGCACAUGGGGCUGCCAUCGUACCGUUGGAACCCAAUCAAAUAGCUUGCCGGGUUUGAUAGCAUCAGCAAUUAGCGAGCGUUUGAAAGCCAAUUCAACCAGGUGUGUCGCCAGGAACCACGACACCAAUUUCACUGAGCUCCAUGUUUGGAUCACCCCCUUCCUGAACGGCGUGACCUCUCCACAUCGGACAUUCAUCCCAGCAGAUGGCUGUUCUGAUAGAACUGGGCAGGUUCCCGACGAUGUUUUGUCACUAAUAUUUGCCGAGGCUGUGAUCUUGGACGACCCCAGAUGGACGGAAGAGCUCGCAGGGGUAUGUCGACGUUUCUAUGGUUUGGCGCACAAAUUGUCAGCGAAAACCAUCCUAAUUCACGACUCCCACCACAGCAGCCACUCUCCAGAGGCUGCUGUGAAGCGUUUCAGUGCGCCGGGACACCAAAGUGAUCGACGAGCAGUUCGGGACUUGCAAUGGUGUGCCGACUUUUUGCGCUCCAAGGAGUUGAUGAGAGUGAUGGUGCUUCUAUUGAACAUACACACGCUCUGCUUGAAACGCGUGUGGCUAGAUCAACCCAUCCGCUUGUCUUCCAUGCUUGGAGUGCAGGAACUGGACCUGGUGGACUGUACACUGUCUUUCGCGGUGUUGGAUUGCCUGUUGCUGGCGGUGCCUAACGUCAUAUACUUCAGGAUCCAUGGUGAGGAGACGGAGUUCACACCAAGUACUACCGCCCCAGCGGAAUCGGAACUGAGUCUUCUCCAUCUGCCACAGAUGUUGUCGGUUCUGCAUCUGGACACACGGCACGUGCUGAAUGCAGAUCAGGGGGGACAAUGGUUAGUCAGCAUGCGCAACUUGCAAGAACUGACAUUAGAUCACCAUUCGGAAUACUGGGAUAUCAACCUAGACCUGUAUUCAUGUGUCGCACUGCAGCAUGUCAGCAUUUCGGUGGCUAUCACAGAGGAUAGCAAUGAACUGCUCUACCUUUGGCGUUCUUUGUGUCACUGCAAUUCACGCCGACUGCAAUCAAUCCAUCUCCACCUCCACCUCCUAUCGGGCCAUCGGGAGUUCAAGGUGUCCCCAGAUAUUGUGCAAGGUUUACGGGACAUGGAUACGCUCAUUAUGAGACGGUUAGGUGGUAAGGCUGGUGCUGAGGACGGGUCGGGAGGAAACAGCUCGAUCACUAUGGGACGCUUUUGGGGGCUUGGCGGGAGAUGGGGUCGUGUUAUUGGUUGA